AUGAAAUUAUUAUUAUCAAUUAUUUUAUUAUUAACAAUUGUUAAUUUUGCUUAUUGUUCAUUUGUUAAUGUACAAAGAUUCGAUGGUGAUUGUAGUUCAAAUGUAGUCACUGAUGGUCAAUUCAUUGAAGAAAACUUUUGUGAUUUUGAUACCACCUUCUCAUGUUCACCAGAUGGUAAUACCAUCUUUGUAACUGAAUAUGAUCAUAGAGGUGAUUGCAAAGGAAGAGUUCAAAAUGUUUGGAAUUUCACUGCCAAUACUUGUGCAACUGAUAGACAUAAUAUUUCAAUGACUGCUUCAUGUGUUGCCACUUAUGAUAUUCCAACUAAUGCUUUAGUUAGAUUUGAUUACACUGGUCAAUGUAACUCUACCACUUGGAAGAAUGAUAUUAGUAAUGUAUUCUACAAUACUGUUGACGUUUGUGUUGAUUCUAAAGACCCAAAUAAUCAAUUAUCAUUCAAUGUUGUUUGUAACUCUACUACUUUAACUCAACAAAUCUUUAAUUCUCCAGGUUGUAACGGUACUCCAUCAAUGUCACACACUUACCCAUUAGAAUCAAAAUGUGGUUGGUUCUCAAAUUCAAUUACAAUUUGUAAUAAUUAA